CUGAGAGAUCGGCCGAGGCAUUCUUGGACACUAAUGUCUAUGACGUACCUAUAUUUAUUUCAGACUAAAAAUAGUGAAAAUCGACAAAAGGGUGAUUUGAAAAAUCAGUUCAAUCUAAGGGUGUAAGUUACUCUCAAUAUUCACUGGUUCCAUUAAAAGUAACCCGUACGCCAAUGCAUUUCUCUGACAUAACAUCCAUUUCCAUCAAAGCAAUCUGCACAAUCAAUUUUCGCAAAUAGUGUCCAGCAAACCACUCAAGCAGUAACCAAAAUUUUUUCAGUACAAUGGAAUCUAGUGAAACCAAUUGUGUAAAAGCUACUAAGAAGAAUGGUAGUUUAGAAACGGUUGGUGAAGUUUCCGCAGUGAAGUCUGAAGAAAGUGUAGAAUGUGUAGAAAAAAAUUCGGAGACAAGUGAAAACUCUACAAAGCAACAGAAUGAAAUAACGUUGGAAGUAAAGAAAAAUGGACAAGUUCAAGAAAUCAAAGAAUCAGUGGCAAAUAGUGAUUUUCGUGAAGAAAAUAAUAAUAACCAAGUGCAAAAUUCAGCGAAAGAUGUUAUCAUUAAUACCCAAGAUCGUACGGCACAUGAAAAAUUGUUUAGUGUUGGAUCUGAGGACGUGAAUAGGAAUUUAAUGAAUGUCAGCUCCUAUAGUCUUCCUGAUGAUCCGGUUCCACCGGUAAAGAUGAAAAGAAAAAAGAAAGACAAGAUGUUAAAGAGGAGCAACACUACUUUGUCAGAUGUACAUGUUGGGGGGAAAAUGUUCAGUUGGUUAAGUAAAGCUCCGGAAAUACGCCCGGAAACGUACGACAAUGUCAUCGAUGGUCUGAAGACCAUCUACAAGAAUAAAAUGCUACCCUUGGAACAGCAUUAUCUUUUUAACGAAUUCCAUUCGCCGUCUUUGAAUGAUGCUGAUUUCGAUGCUAAGCCAAUGAUUUUGUUGGUUGGGCAGUACUCCACUGGAAAGACUACGUUUAUUAAGUAUCUGUUGGAGAGAGAUUUUCCUGGGAUGAGAAUAGGACCAGAACCGACUACUGACAGGUUUAUUGCUGUGAUGUAUUCAGACACUGAAGGUGUCAUUCCAGGAAACGCUUUGGUUGUAGAUCCCAAAAAGCAAUUUCGUCCACUUUCCUGUUUUGGAAACGCGUUUCUGAACAGGUUUCAAUGUUCCUUAGUGGACUCGUCAGUGUUAAAAGGAAUGACAAUUAUCGAUACGCCAGGAAUAUUAUCAGGCGAAAAACAAAGAAUAGACAGAGGCUACGACUUUACCGGCGUCCUAGAAUGGUUUGCAGAACGUGUCGACCGCAUCAUCCUCCUUUUUGACGCCCACAAACUCGACAUUUCUGACGAAUUCCGAAGGUCAAUCGAAGCUCUGCGAGGCCACGAUGACAAGAUCAGGAUAGUUCUCAAUAAGGCAGACAUGAUAGAUCACCAGCAGCUGAUGCGUGUCUAUGGCGCCCUCAUGUGGUCGUUAGGAAAAGUUCUACAAACUCCUGAAGUGGUUAGAGUGUAUAUCGGGUCUUUUUGGGACGAGCCAUUGAGGUAUGAUGGAAAUAGGAAAUUGUUUGAGGACGAAACGCAAGAUCUUUUUACUGACUUGCAAAGUUUGCCGAAGAAUUCAGCUCUUCGAAAAUUGAACGACUUGAUAAAAAGGGCACGUUUGGCAAAGGUUCAUGCCUAUAUAAUCUCCGAAUUAAAGAAAGAAAUGCCUCGAUUUGGUAAAGAAACAAAAAAGAGGGAGCUCAUUAAGAACUUAUCGCAAAUUUAUGAAAAAAUUCAGAAAGAACACCAAAUAUCUAUUGGAGAUUUUCCAGAAAUAUCUAAAAUGCAGGAACAACUGACGAAACAAGACUUCGGCAAGUUCCAUUCGUUAAAGCCUAAACUUUUAGAUGUAGUUAAUGAUAUGCUUUCCAUAAAUAUAUCUCAUCUAAUGUCCAGGAUACCUUUCGACUCGUCUUCAACUAGUCAACCAGAAGUUACAGGUGGAGCCUUUGAAAACGUAGAAGACAAGGUCACACCAUUUGGUUAUAAGAGUGGGGAAGGCAUUAAUGCCGGCUUUGGAGAACCCGAAUGGAUCGUCAACAAAGAAAGACAAUCCUACGACACAAUAUUUGAAGCAUUGGGACCAGUAGAUGGCAAAUUAUCAGGAGCCACUGUGAAAGAAGAACUGGUGAAAUCAAAACUACCGAAUGCGAUACUUGGGAAGAUCUGGAAGCUGUCAGAUGUAGAUCGAGACGGGUACCUGGAUAAGGACGAAUUUGCUUUAGCUAUGCACCUGAUAAACGUUAAAUUGAAUGGGAAUGAGAUACCUUUUGACUUACCAGAUCAUCUAGUACCUCCUAGGAAGAAAGAGUACGCGAGUAAAUCGACCAGUCACUCUCACCAGUCACCGCCUUAAGAAACCCUCCUUCCGUGAUGUCAUCAUGGAAAUAAAUACAACUUUUUGACCUCGCCAAAAAAGUUACUAUAGAUUUUUGUUUGUUUAAAAAAUAAAUGAACACAAAACAGUGUAUUAGACAAAGCAAUAAAGUCCACUAAUGUGUU